CGCCGCCCCGCGGUGACGACAGAGUGAGGUCAGGAUUUCCCCGUCGCCAUGUUGGUUUCGUGUUUCGUUACAUCAGUCUGAGCAGCAGAGCUGUCACAAAAUAUGGAAGGCAGCCUCUGACCACGGGGAAACUCGCCAUUUGAGAUGAAGAAGUGAGCCUCAGGUAGAAGGCACCCUGAGACCAUCAUGCUGGCCCGUCUCUUUCGGCUCCACGGCCUGCUGGUCGCCUCCCACCCCUGGGAGGUGAUCGUGGGGACCCUGGCCGCCACCGUCUGUCUCAUGAACAUGAACAGCUCGUCGAGCAGCAGUCAGAUGUGCAGCUGGAACAACUGUCCCAAGGUUAAAGAGGAGGCCCCCAGCAGUGAUAUCAUCAUUCUGACCAUCACUCGCUGCAUGGCCAUUAUUUAUAUCUACUUCCAGUUUAAGAACCUCCUGCAGCUGGGAUCCAAAUAUAUUCUGGGUAUCGCAGGAUUGUUUACAGUGUUUUCCAGCUUUGUGUUCAGUACUGUGGUUAUCCACUUCUUUGGGAAGGAGCUCACUGGUCUUAAUGAGGCUCUGCCCUUCUUUCUGCUGCUCAUUGACCUAUCCAAAGCCUGCACUCUGGCUAAAUUUGCCCUCAGCUCCAACUCCCAGGAGGAGGUGAGGGAGAACAUCUCUAAGGGCAUGGCCAUCCUGGGCCCCACAUUCACCCUCGACGCGCUCGUUGAGUGCCUGGUUAUAGGGGUCGGAACCAUGUCGGGCGUUCCUCAGCUGGAGAUCAUGUGCUGUUUUGGCUGCAUGUCUGUUCUGGCCAAUUACUUUGUCUUCAUGACGUUCUUCCCGGCGUGUGUCUCUCUGGUCCUGGAGCUGUCAAGGGAAAGUCGGGAAGGCCGUCCCAUCUGGCAGAUGAGCCAUCUGGCUCAUGUGCUGGCUGAGGAAGAGGAUAACAAGCCCAACCCUGUGACCCAAAGGGUUAAAAUCAUCAUGUCUCUCGGUCUGGCCUUGGUUCACGCCCACACUCGGUUGACGGCCGAGCGUUCGGGUCACAAUCGCACGGUAGAGGGACCCAUAGCGGAGAGGCUGGAGUCAUCGGGCACCGCGUGGCCUCAGAAGCCCACCAGUGUGGCGCUGGAGCACGUGAUUACCCUCAGCCUGGCGCUGCUCCUCGCUGUCAAGUACGUCUUCUUCGAGCAAGCGGACACAGAGUCCUCCCUGUCUCUCAGGAGUCCCAUCAACGGCGCCUCCCUGACCCAGAAGCCUCGGGCAGCACACGACUGCUGCAGGAGGGACCAAGCGGCUCCCAAGUCCCAGAAAAGCUCCGCCGGCGUCCCGGCAACCAGCACGGCUUCCUCAGCAGACGUUAAACCGUCUUCUGAGGCAGAUAUUAACUUUAAAGAAGUGACAAAGACCGCUUCAAUGGAAGUCGAAGGCUGCGCCUCAUUUUCCCAGAAGGCCUCUGCUCAGACAUGCAGCUCUCCUCCAGAACCCCGCUCGCUGGAGGAGUGUAUGGCCAUCCUCUCGGAUCCUCAGAGAGGUCCGAAAAUGCUGACGGAUGCGGAGGUGAUAAACCUGGUCCGCUCAUCUAAGAUCCUGAACUACAAGCUGGAGUCCGUCCUGGAGACUCCAGAGAGGGGCGUGGCCAUCAGGAGAGACAUUUUGUCUCCCAAACUGCCCGUCAGCUCCGCAUUGGCCCGCCUGCCCUACCAAGGCUACGACUAUUCAAAGGUGAUGGGCGCCUGCUGUGAGAACGUCAUCGGCUACAUGCCCGUGCCGGUGGGAGUGGCCGGCCCUCUGCUGCUGGACGACGCGCAGUUUCACGUCCCCAUGGCGACCACCGAAGGGUGCCUGGUGGCCAGCGCCAACAGAGGAUGCAGGGCCAUUUUUCUGGCCGGGGGCUGCAGCAGCAGGAUCCUGGCCGACAGCAUGACCCGGGGUCCCGUGGUGAGGCUGCCCUCCGCGUGCCAGGCCGCAGAGGUCAAAAUCUGGCUCGAGAGCCCGGACGGGUUCAGCAUGGUCAAAGAAGCCUUCGACGAGACCAGCAGGUUUGCUCGUCUGGAGAAGCUGCUGGUGGCUGUGGCUGGAAGAAACCUCUAUAUUCGCUUCCAGUCUCAGACGGGGGACGCCAUGGGGAUGAACAUGCUGUCUAAGGGGACUGAGCAGGCUCUGCAUCGACUCAAGCAGCACUUUCCAGACAUGGAGGUUCUGUCGGUCAGCGGCAACUACUGCACCGACAAGAAGGCUGCUGCCAUUAACUGGAUCUUGGGCCGGGGCAAGUCUGCCGUGUGUGAAGCCACCAUCCCUGCCAAGGUGGUCAAGGAGGUGCUGAAGAGCAGCACUGCUGCUCUGGUGGAUCUGAACAUCAGCAAGAACUUAGUGGGCUCAGCCAUGGCCGGCAGCAUAGGGGGCUUCAAUGCUCACGCUGCCAACAUCGUCGCAGCCAUCUACAUAGCCUGCGGGCAGGAUCCAGCUCAGACGGUGGGGAGCUCCAACUGCAUCACCCAGAUGGAGGCUGCGGGUCCCAACGACGACGACCUGUACAUCAGCUGCACCAUGCCCUCCAUAGAGCUGGGCACUGUGGGAGGAGGCACCAACCUGCCGCCUCAGCAGGCCUGUCUGCAGAUGCUUGGCGUUACGGGCUCCAAACAGCCGGGCGAGAACGCGCGGCAGCUGGCCCGCAUAGUGUGCGCCACCGUCCUGGCGGGGGAGCUGUCUCUCAUGUCCGCCCUGGCCGCCGGACACCUGGUCAAAAGUCACAUGACUCACAACAGAUCUAAAACCAACCUGUCAGAGAUGGCUUUGUCCAAGCCCUCGGACAACUGAUCCCUAAACGUUGCCGCCGGGCCCCGCUGCCGUUCCGACGGCUUUAAGCACAGCCAGCAUUAGGUUGAUCCACGCCCCGCCCGGCUGACAGCAAAUCUUCAUUAUUUUGGGAGAAGUUAGUUAUUAAUGUGCCAUUUCUUUGGAUCCGACAUAUUUAUCCUGAUCUACUACGUCAAUCGCAGCGCUGAGACCGGUUCUGGUGCCUCUUGAGUAAAAGGCCAAACGCUUCUGAGGAAGUACCUGCAUGGUUGUUCCACGUUCGGGUUCAUUUGCUGACGAUGUGAGGUGAUUCCUGGUGACGUCUGUGUUCCUGUCGGCGUUGGACGCUCUCACCGUGCCAUCCUCCCUGCUAGAAGCGUGCUGCUGUAUACCGUGUAUACCGAGGAGAGGCCACGGCUGCCCGUCGUCUUGGAUCCAAGGACAGAGCAGCGUUUGGUUCUCUUUCUGACCCACCGACUACUAGGUACCGGUGGGUCUCUUGUUUGGAGACAAGCAAGGCUUAAAGCAAUAUUUAUUUUAGGCGUUUCCAUGUUAAAGUAUUAAGACUUCCUGGGGUGGGGAACGUUGAGAGAGUGGUUGUAAUGUGUCAAUGAUCCUAAUUAUUGUAUCGUCGUCCUCAGAAGUGGCCUUAUGUAUUGCCAGUGGAGCUUUAACAUGCUUUAGGUAGAAUAUCCAAUUCAAAUUUCUUACACUUGCAACCGUAUUAAAAAAAAGAAAUAAACUCUAGCUUUCUA